AUGACACCAGAGAGCCUUGUGAAGAUGCAGGCUGUGUCUGUUGGACUGCUCCUCUUCAGUAAGACCUGGGCGGCACUAAUGCUGAACGCAGACGGCAGCAGCAGCAACCAAGGGAACUUCCACAAGGACUUAACAGCAUCUGUGUAUCCUGAGCCCAUGGUGGGUAAAGGAGCAGAGGAUGGGCAAGGUGUUCCCCUUCACGUGGUAAAGAGUCUGGUGACUGGAACCGAACUAUGGAGGGACAGAAACCAAGAGAAAAAAACUCAGAGUGUUCUAAGCAUAACUCCAGCAGAUGUCAAUGAUGUUAAAGACGCCUUAAAAGAUAUAAAGAAUCAGCAGAGCUAUCUUCUAUCCCAGGACAACCCAGUAAAAAGCAAACGUACCCGUCAGACCCGUCGAAGCACUCACUACCUAACACAUUUCCCCCAAGUGAGAAAGAUUCCCAGUGACUUUGAAGGCAGUGGUUCCCCAGAUCUUCUAGUCAGGGGAGAUAAUGAUGUCCCUCCUUUCAGUGGAGAUGGGCAACAUUUUAUGCACAUUCCUGGCAAAGGAGGUGCUAUUGGGCCUGGUCCUGAAAGCUCAGCUAGUCACCCUGUCUCAGGCUCCAGCAAAGCUGAGGUUGUUGACCCACACACAAAUGGACUGGGUUCUAAUGAGAUCGCAGGGAGAGAAGGGCACGGUGGCAGUGCCUACGCAACCAGAGACAAAACUGCACAGGGGGCAGGUUCUGCGGGUGUGAGCCUUGUGGAGGGCAGCAAUGAAAUCACAGGCAGUACCAAUUUCAGGCAACUCCCUGGAAAAGAAGGAAACAGAGUUGGUGCUGGCAGCCAAAAUGCUCAUCAAGGGAAAGUAGAAUUUCACUAUCCACAAGUGCCCUCAAAAGAGAAGGGAAAAGGGGGUGGCAGGGAGCACACAGGGAGAGCCGGUUACAACGAAGUGCCCGAGAGCAGCAAAGGCAGCUCUAGCAAAGAUGCAGAAGAAUCAAAAGGGAACCAGGUAACCUUGACUGAAAGCCAAAGAUUUCCAAGUAAAGGCAAAAGCCAGUCUUCUCACAGUCUUGGUAACGAGGUUAAAAGUGAAGAAGACUCCUCUAAUGUUCCUGGUAGAGAAGGAAGUGUAAUAUCACACCGCAGAACAAACCAUUAUGUAUACCAUGGACAAAAUAAUCCUACACAGAAUAAAGGGACGUCUCAGCAGAGAGGAUCCCGGCCUUCAAGAAGGCCCUAUUCUCACAGGCAUGUCAGCACCCGCCAAAGAGACAGCAGCAGCGAGUCAUCGUACAGUGGAAGUUCUAGCGAGAGUGACGGUGACUAG